AUGAAAUCUGAAGGACAUUUAUGCAUAGGUGGCAAGAAUCCUCCACACGACUUGUUCAAGCGAAUUGUUGAAGGAAAAUUCCAGUAUGCAAACCGGAAUCGAAUCCGAGUUACCGUACUCAACAAAAAGCAGGAUGCCAAAAAUGAUUGCAUACUAGCCCUUAAUGAAGUUUUUGUUGGAGAGGAUGAAGCUGCUAAGGCCCUUCGGAAAUUUUGUAAGGGUGUUUUAGGUCUCUACCUAUUCCAUUUCGAUCGACGAUCAACCCAUGGUCAAGCAGAAGAGCAGUGGGCUCAUUGUCAGCACGGGUACGGGAAGCACGAGUACUAUGGAAUGAAUAGAGUCGAAGAGCAAACUGUUUCGGCGAUAUUGGAAGCCAUGCAGAGUAUGGGAGUAGAGGUCAAAGCAAAUGUAAAAGAGCUUUCCGAAGAAAUUGCAAAGAAAAUGAAUGACAAAAUUACAUUCGAGCCGGACCAUCCUAAUUUUGCCUACUCCAUUCGCGAGCCGAUUUUCAAUGCCACCUUCAAACGCACAAAUGUUCGAGGUUUCGCACGUCGCAUUCGUCUGAAGUCCAAAUGCUCGAAGGGAUUUUUGGUCCUGGAUGGAGCCACCAAAAUCCCUUUCAAUAGCGGAACUGAAGUUUUGCUUGAAAUAUUUGAAGCUGACGCCUUGAGAACGAUAAAAUUAUAG